GUUCAACACAGCUCAAUGCAAACAGAUUGUAUACAAACAAGUAGCAAAUUGCACCUCGAAAACGUGCGACUCGCGAUGAAUUCUCCUACAGAGAAAGAAAUCUGUGGAAUUUGUGGAACUAGGAGUCUCAUUUUUCACCGCAACCUGAUGGAGGUGAAGACAAAGUUUUCAAGCACCACGGUAUUUCAGUUGCUAGAACGUUUUUCUGUGCGGGAACUUUCACAUCGACUCACGAGCUUGAUUGAGUCCGGUGCUUGUAACGAUUGCUAUGCCAAGCUGAACGAUUACGACGCAUCUUACACGAAAGCCCUAAUCAUACAGCAGGAGUUAACGAAUCUGCUGCAAAACAGUCCAUUGCGUGUAUUCGAAGAUAUACAGGAGCUGCGCGAUGAAAUUGAGGAAGACAAUGCUCUCGAGAACAAGAAGGCUGAUGAAAUCAAAUGGGUUCCACACCUGGAGCAUCCGGACGAGAUUGAUCUACCCGGUGACAAGAAACCAGCUUUCUCCAUUGCUGGAUUUGCCACUAUUCGCGUUUCUAUGGAGUGCAAUAUAUGCGGAGCAAUAUUUAACAACAUACAUGAUAUGAAGCUUCAUUCGCAUGAUAAAGUUAGUGAAGAAGAGCAGCUAAAAAUACAGAAAAGGGAAUCAUCUACUCCUUCACCAGCGCUGGUAAUUGAGACGAUGAAAUCGGAACCUACAUCAGCUGUUAAUUCUGAUGAUGAUGCUGACGAAUACAUGAACUAUACUAUCAAUGUAUUAAAAGCAACCAAAAAGGAAGAAGAAGAAGAAGAAGAAUAUUUUACCAAAGAAUGUAAAGAAGAAGGGAAAACGAAGGAAGAGUCACAACCAGAUGAGAAAACGACUGUACAAUUCCAAUGUUUUCUGUGUGAAGCCAAGCUGGAAAGUAAACAAAAUCUUAGGUUACACUUCAAAACUAAACAUCCCAACAGUGCGGAAGGACACAUAUGUAAAGUGUGUGGCAUUUCCACCAGAACUCGAGCUGCCCUCGCAAGUCACUAUGGCAAACACCUACGAGAAUCACAGUUAACCUGCGAACUGUGCAACAAACAGUUCACCCAGAGAGGAUCUUUACAGCGCCACAUGGCGAUCCACACGAAGGAGAAGACGUACCAGUGCGAUUUGUGCGGGAAACAGUACCUGCACUAUUCGUCGUUCUAUAUGCAUCAAUUAGCGCACAAGGACGUACGUUCAAAGAAGUGCAGUAUCUGUGGCUAUUCGCUGCGAUCAAAUUCACAUUUGAAGAGACACAUGCGAACGCACUCCGGUGAAAAGCCCUUUGCUUGCCCUGUGUGUGGUCAAAAGUUUUCACAAAGGUACAACAUGGUGCAACAUCAAAAAACACACACAGGAAUUAUGAGACGAACUGGUAAAACGUUUAAGUGUACCUCUUGCGAUUACGUUAGCGAUCGGAGCACACUAAUGAAAAGGCAUAUAUUAAAACACCACGGCAAAGACAUGAACAAAUUGGAAUAUUCAAAGGAGAUGGUCGAAAUCUAACGGGAUGAGGGAAUUGCAUCCUCUUAACCUUCAUUUCAUUUUUUCCCGAGUAUGUUUUGCACUUUUAAAUCUUAAUAACAUUUAAUCUAAUGAAGCUAUCAGCAAAAACUAGAUUUUAUGAAUCCCAAGGAAAACUUGUUUUCUAUCACAUAAGAAAAAAAUCAGACAUUUGCCAUUUUUUUAAAUGUACUUUUAAUUCAGAAUUCGAUUCGUACUCCUUAAUUCUAUAACCACCUGUUCGGGAAGGUAAUACAUUUUGUAGACAAGUUUUGCUUUAAUAAAAUUAAGAUAAAUAAUUUUAAAGUAACUUUAUUGAAAAUUUGAAGGUAAUAUAACAGUCAAAAACCAAUAUAUUUAUAUACGUUGCAACUCAGAAAAGGCCAAAUAACCGAAUAAAAUGCAUAACCUACCCAGGUUCGUGGCUAUAAAAAUGAAAGUGUAAAAAUGUUCAAUAGAAUAAAAAUAUGAAUCGAAAUUAAAAGGAAAAAACGAGUAAAUGUUUAGUAACAAACUGUUUUACAAUUAAAUUGAAGUCAAAACAUCUUUUAGAAUUAAAUAAAAACGCAUUUGAAUGUGUAAAAAUGCAAAAUUCAAUAAAAGUCGUAUGAGCUACCCGAGUAGGUGGCAUUGGUGGUCAUUGAAACAAAGGA